AUGCAAAUAAAUACUCUUUUCGCUGCCCUUGCAGUUUUAAGCCAUGCAUCCGCUCACCCUGGGCAUGAUGUAAGCGCUGAAGCUGCUGCGUAUGAGAGAGCUCUCGCUGGAGUUAAACCCAACCUUGAUCAUUGCUCGGAAACUCUAGUGAAGAGAGGCAUUUCGGGCGAUGCAAUCAACCGUCGAGCGGCUGUUGUAGACGGUUUGAGAGAAAAGAGAGGUCUGGAAAAGCGCGGUAAAAACGAGCAUGACAAUAAUGACGGAUUUACUGCGCAUACUAGUCCCGAGAAGAUUUUUGCUGGAAAUCAUUCCUGCGCACUCGCCCCUGAGGAUACUGACUCUGGGCCUUUUUGGGUUGUGGGCGAGUACAUCCGCAAGGAUCUGGCUGAGGAUCAGGCUGGUAUUCCUAUGCAUGUCGACAUCCAGAUUAUCAAUAGUGAAACUUGUAUGCCCGUUGCUGGUGCUUUUGUAGACAUUUGGAACUGCAACACGACCGGCGUGUAUAGCGGGACUGUUUCGGACUUCGAUGGUACUGGGGACGAUUAUUCCAACUGGGAAACUACCUGGCUUCGCGGUAUCCAGCCGACAGACAUUAACGGCGUUGCCCAGUUUGAUACUAUUUUCCCCGGCCAUUACUUGCACCGGGCUUCCCAUAUCCACACUCUGGUGCAUCACUCAUCCGCGAAAGAUCCGGCCAUCCCCCAGCGCAAUCACACUCUCCUAGGCAACACUGCCUCGCACGUCGGGCAAUUGUUCUUUGACGAGGAUCUUCGGAGCGAAGUUGAGAAGAUCGCUCCUUAUAGCACUAAUCAUGUGCCGGUCACUAGCAACGCAGAUGAUCCUAUCCUUAGUGCUGCUCUAGCCCACGGAGGAUACCCGUUUUUCCAGUACACCAAGAUUGGUGAUCGUCUGGAAGACGGGGUACUUGUAUGGAUUAGUGUUGGUGUCAACGUAACUUAUAGCCGGACUGUUUGUGCCAUGGCCACCAAUUUGGCUGAGGGUGGUCAUGUUCCAUCUGGAUCGACACCUCCUGACUGCAUCGCUACCGGUGCCAGCCCUCUCUGA